UUGUGUUUGUGCAGGGGAGCCCGAUGUCUCUGAGGUGGUAGCCGAUGAAACCACAGUCCUCGAUGUCCCCGCUGAGGUUAGCAGGCCAGCUGCCAAACAUUUCCACAGGCUGCAAGAAGAGGAAAGCACAGCUUCCGAACAUGAGCCACGGCAAGCCGAGGUGCUGAGGACCGAGAAUUGGCACCUUGAGACCAUCUCGACCGUUAAGGCCAGUGGUGGGUGCAAGGAAGAGUUGGGCAAGGCUGUGGAUCCUGGAUCUGUAGCAGAAAACGCAGAGAUGGGGCAUAAAAAGGCAUGUCCAGGAGACCUGGACCUGUUAUCGCCCUCACAUGGGGUUGGACUCGGUGCUUGCAUGGUUGGCGAGCCAUGCAGAGUGCGUGCCCUGGCCAGCCAGCUCCAGAAGUGCCUGCAGAAUGGGGGUGGCAGGACAGCCGGGCAGGAAUCCCAGCAGCCCAACUGUCCUCCUGAAGGAGAGAGCAUCGAGACUUGUGAGAAAGAGAGCAAAGGUCCCAAAGACUCCAGACUGGCAUCACCAGAGCAUGGGGGAAAGGGCCCACUGGAAGGGCCUGAGGGGCAGGAGGAGCAUACGGAGCUGGUGGAGGGUCAUUCUGGCAGCCCCGGCCCCCCACCAAAAGCUCUGCCCCCGCAGGACAUGAUCAAGCGCAGGUACCGCUGCGGGGAGUGUGGUAAAGCUUUCCUGCAGCUCUGCCACCUCAGGAAGCACCGCUUCAUCCACGCUGGCCACAAGCCCUUCCUGUGCACUGAGUGUGGCAAGAGCUACAGUUCGGAGGAGAGCUUCAAGGCCCAUAUCUUGGCCCAUCGGGGUGUGCGGCCCUUCCAGUGCACCCAGUGUGACAAGGCUUAUCGCACCAAACGAGACUUGCAGGAGCACCAGGUCCUGCACACCGGCCAGCGCCCCUUCUCCUGCGAGGUGUGCGGCAAGGCCUUCGCACGCCAGCCCUCUCUCCGCAUCCACAGGAAGAUCCACCUGGCCGCUGGGAGCGGCCCGGCUGGCCCCAAGGGCUGCCCGUGUGCCAUAUGUGGCCGUCACCUGGCCAACCCCGGCUCCUUGCGCAACCAUAUGCGCCUGCACACGGGUGAGCGUCCUUACGCCUGUCCUUACUGCGGCAAGGACUUCCGACAGCAGAGCAACCUGCGCGAGCACCUCCGGCUGCACACGGGUGAGAAGCCCUACAAGUGCCGCUUCUGCGGGGACGCCUUCCCCAAGCUGCCCGAGCUGCGGCGGCACCUCAUCUCUCACACGGGCGAGGCCCACCUCUGCACUGUGUGCGGCAAGGCGCUGCGGGACCCCCACACGCUGCGUGCCCACGAACGCUUGCACACAGGUGAACGCCCAUUCCGCUGCGAGCAGUGCGGCAAGUCCUAUACCCUGGCCACCAAGCUGCGGCGCCACCAGAAAUCCCACCUGGCUGGCAAGCCCUACAAAUGCGAGCUCUGCGGCAUGGGCUACAGCCUUCCCCAGAGCCUUGCGCGCCACGCGCUCACCCACAAGUCAGAAAAGGACCCUGAGGAACUCACUGUGGCGGUGGCCUCGCUUGCUGUGGACCAGGAAGCGAGGGAAAAGCCUCAGAGGAAGGGCCGCCAGGUGGAGGUUGUGGCAGAACACACCUUGCCGAUGGUGGAGGUGCUGGGGCCAGCGAAUGAGGCUGAGCUGCUGAUCGCAACCAGUGGUGGCUGCGUUGAUACUUACCUAUCUGGAGGCAGCUCCCCAGGGGCACACAGGAGGCCCGCUGGGCAUUUGCCAUCGACAAAGGACGUCGUUGAAAUCACCAUCUCUGAGCACAAGGACGAACGCGUUCUAGGGCAGGGUGAGGGCUCAGCGAGUGACGUGGUCAUCGUGCAGGACGGGGUGGGCUUCGGAGCGGUGGCAGAAGUGGUGGAGGUGGAGACUGGGACAUGACUAUCCCAGCCUGCCCUGGCUGAUCAUCUCUGCUUAUUAAAAUAGGGUAAAAAAAA